AAAAAAAAAAAAAAAUCUGUGACGGAUCAUGCGACGUCAUGCGGAAGUGAAGAUCGAGUGGAAAAUUUUCCGCUCGCGAAGUUCUUUGCUCGCUUUUGUCCCGGAAGAACAAGAUUUCUCGUCGUGUCAGUUGUCGUCACCCAUCGUGCCUAAGCAACUUCUGUCUCUAUCAGGCUGGAAAAUGGCUGGAACAGCUUUAAAAAGACUCAUGGCUGAAUACAAACAACUAACCCUCAACCCUCCAGAGGGGAUUGUGGCAGGGCCUGUAAACGAAGAGAAUUUCUUUGAAUGGGAGGCUCUGAUUAUGGGACCAGAGGACACAUGUUUUGAGGGCGGUGUGUUCCCUGCCAUCCUCAGUUUCCCUUCAGACUACCCCCUCAGCCCUCCCAAGAUGAAGUUCACCUGUGACAUGUUUCAUCCGAACAUUUACCCAGACGGCCGUGUGUGUAUCUCAAUCCUGCACGCUCCUGGUGACGACCCCAUGGGCUAUGAGAGCAGUGCUGAGAGGUGGAGCCCCGUGCAGAGCGUGGAGAAGAUCCUGCUGUCUGUGGUCAGCAUGCUCGCCGAGCCCAAUGAUGAGAGUGGAGCAAACGUGGACGCGUCAAAGAUGUGGCGUGAGGACAGAGAGCAGUUCAACCGACUAGCUAAGCAGAUCGUGCGCAGAUCUCUGGACCUCUGACUCUCCUGUGUACAGACACAUUCUCACACUCCAGGAGAGUGAGGAUUGACGUUUACAAGGGUUCAAAACUCCCGACGGAAGAGAAGAGUGUCUGUGCUGAGUGUUGUAGUGUACUAUCCCCCCCUACCUCCACCAGUAUGAGCACUUUAUUCCCAUCCAGGCUUUCAUACUCUUCCCAGUCCUCCCCUCUCCUGUGAUUGGGUGGAUGCGUUGGACAAAUGGGUUUUUAAGAAAAGGGCAAAACAUUAUACAUUCACCGGAUAGUGUUCUAAAAGAGAGCCAAGCAUCAGUCAUUGAAGAAGUACACGAAACAGUUAUUCACAGCGUUUUGAGCUGCCGGUUUUUGUCAUGCCUGUUACCUGUCCAUAGAUCCAUGAGUUAAGCAAGGGAAUGCAGCUUUGGUUUGCUGACAGUAUGCUGAUGCAUGCUUUAAUGCCUCAUUCUAAAAAAAAAAUCGUGAGGCAGUGACUGAGACUAUCACAUCCACUUUACUUUUUUAUGAACAAAUUAUAUUAAUGCUCUUUUAGGAAUAAGAAAAAAAGAUCUUGUCUAUGGAUGCAAAUUCAAUAAAUGUUCUAAUUUAAAAAAAAAAAAAAUAACAUUUGAUUACAUGUAAUAUGAAAAUGUUUUGAAAUUUGGUAAUGCACAGAGAGGUCACUGGUUUUCUUCAAUUUCACUUUUUGCUUUUAUGGAGGUUUUUAGAUUCAGUAGUAACAAGCUGGAAUUGUCCAGCCUUGGCAGAAAGUUUGUUUUACACCACCAUUACUUUAAUUAAAGAAUCUUUAAAUUCUGUAUUUGAUAUUUUGCCUUUCAUCUGUUCUUAAGGAUUGUUAAGCCAAUAAAAUCAAUAAAUGUUUGUGAUUUAUGAA